AUGCCUAGGAACUGGAGCACUGUACUACUUAGUGUUAAGUUGGUGAUUGGUGUGAAUAAUGGAUUUCCUAACCCUGAGUUAGGGAAACCUUUGCCGCCUCUGGAGCCUUUGACACUGGACAUAAACAUUGAAAGCGCGACUGAAAACACUUAUUACUUGGAACAAUCAAAAGGUGGGAUUUACACACCCACUGAGGGCUUUGGGUUUGACAAGGUUAUUCAGGAAAUUGAGAAGAAACCUCCCACUGCGGGCCCCUUUACCGCCCUGGAACUGAUUUACAAGGGUAACAAUCCAGCGGAAUAUCUUAAAAAAGUCAUUUGCAACAGAAUGCUGUCAAAGGUUAUAAAGUUGGUUUUAUUCCUCUUUAACGGGGAUGUUAAGGAGCUAACUCUCGUCAACAGCGUCUGGACUGUCACCAACAAACUCACCCUCGACAUUACCACAGUCAUCAACGGCGAACACGGAACCAAUUUUACUACCACUGAUACUCCCAGCAGCAAUAUUGUAAGUGUUGGAGGUGUUGGUGUGAACGCGGGGAUAGAGGAGAACUUUAGUGUGAGUUUGAGUUACAUGACGGAUUUCGGUGAGAAUGUAUCGGUGAACCGGAGGAAUUUCACGGAUUUCCGGGCGAAGGAGUACAAUUUUAUAAGUAAGAUUGUGUAUAGAAGUAAUUUGAAGGACUUGGUGUUGGUAGUUUGGCAGGCUAAAAACUGGUUUGAGCAGGCGAAGGAAGUGUCCUUCGCCUGCAUGGGAUACCAGAAAUAUCUUUUAAUACUCCAAGUGGAUAAUAAUUAUUGCCUUUUCAAGUGGGACCCGAGGUUAAAUUUGUGGAUUGACUUCACUGUCAACAGCCGUGACUUGGGCAGGCUCAAGUUCCACAUUAACAACCAGGAGGAUUCUAAACCCCUGGCACAUCUCUUUGACCACUACGAAGUCUACCUCCAGGAACUAAGCUACUGCGUUAAAUUUGUCUACCCACCCCAACUCCUACGCAGAUACUUCCCCAAACUCGCAAACUCAUUCUCAUACAACUUCGUCAACAACUCCGUCAACCUCUCAUCCAAAAAUUACAAACACACACCAAACGAGGUGAAGCGUGUGGAAAAGGAGUUUGUGCGUAUAUUUGGUGACGGCGCUGUGGGUUACAGUAGGGGUAGUGAGAUUAGUGUGGGUGUGGACCUGGACAUUACUGUCCCGGACGCCACGCACUACUACAGUGUCAGAAACGGCAAUUUCACGCAGUUUUUCCCCUACAAGGGCUAUGCCUUUAAUAAAGUUAUCCAGUCCAAUAUCAAGAGUACCAGCACUAGCCAAAUAGCAGCUAAACUGAGCAGCAAAUUAAAGAGACCAGGUAGAGUAAUUUGGUUAUCUUUUAUACCAACAAAUUACCUGACCCGUGUGCACCUUUUUGACGAUAAUGUCACUAAAUACCUCCUGCUAUACGUGAAAAAGUUUAAUUUUGUCCUGUACAAGUGGGAACAGAGGGCCGAUUUGUGGAUUAAUUAUACGGAAACUCGGGUGGAUCCGGGCAAACUAAUGUUCUAUAGUAAUGGGAAACCAAUUGCCGCAGAUGACACGACGGAAUAUUUGAAGGAGUUUACCUUUGAGAUUUUUACUCUCGGGUCCUGUGACGCCGUGUCAUACAACAAUAAGCAAUUUUGGACCAGAACAGGCCCAGAAUUGAAGAUUCUAAUUGUCAAGAUACUGGAGAAUAAGGUUAACUUGUUCCUCAAGGACGGGAAAGUCGUGAGGUUUCACCUCCUUGACCAUGAAAUUCAACUCGUCAAACAAGAACACUCACUCUACCAAAUUCAAUAA